AUUUUGUUUUUGUCUCCCUCCCAACAGCAGUUACUUGCUUGAAGUGUUGCAGAACAGCUUAUCUGUGUGCCCCAGAAGGGUGGGACUCAAGAGAUCACAGGCUUUUUACAAUGAGCCAGAGCCAGCCUGCCGACUACAAGGAAAUUUGCUGAGCGUUUCAGCCAUGAGUGCCACAUGGGCUUUGCAAAAGGCAGUGAUUGCCGCGGUGGGACUGGGCUGGGUCCGGAGCGGCCACUUCCACUGCCGGGAGACAAGUGAGCAUCACCUCACCCUGGGAAAUCGCUGCUGGUGACUCUGCUGUCCUGUGUUGUGAACGGCAGGAGGAUGCAGUGCUGCUCCUGGACACUUGGGUGGCAGGUACUCAGUGCCCAGAGCUCCAGAGCUGGGAGUGAGCCUUGAGCCGAGCUCCGCUGGGAUGUGACCUGGGACCGCUCGCUUAAGGCCUUGUCACCCUGCACCUGGCCCCUCUGGGGCACACUGUGCUCACCCACGUGUUUCAUCUGGUUACUGCAAAGCCUGCAGGAGUCCAGGCUCAUUCUCUUCAAGGCUCAGAGUACACCCUUGUGCUCCCGAGGCAGAGUAAAAGGAAAGCACCAAUUUGUCUGGUUUGAUUUUUUUGCCCGGAGUGUUUGCAAUGGAUGAUGGAGCAGAGUCUCUGAUGACCGUGCAUCUCCUCACCCAUUUGGGACGCUCAAUCCCUCUGCAGCAAACUCUGGAUAGGCUUCUGGAGUGGCUCUGCCUGGACGUUCGCCUUUUCCUGGUGUCAGAGCGAGUUCCUCCGCUGAGAUACUACGAGAGAUACCGCAGGAGGAGCUGCAGCUUUCCUGGGAUCUCCAUCCUCCUUUUCCUGCACGAGGACUUGGGAGAAGAGCGGAUCUUCCAGGUGCACGAGCAGUUCCAGCGCCCUCCCUGGCGCUGCCAGCGUGCCCAGUUCGCCAGUUCCCGCUGUGCCCCGUCCCAGCAGGAAUUCUACGGGCUGGAGGAGCAGCUGCCCGUGUGGGGCAUCAGGCGGGUGCGCCGUGGCCCCGAGAUCCUGCGCGUCACCCUGCACUGCAGCUUCGACAACUUCGAGGACGCGGUGAGGCUGUACGAGCUGAUCCUGCGGAGGGAAGGCAGCGUGCAGAAGGGCACCCUGUGUGUGUUUGUGCUGCACUCCGGCCCACACGCGGCCGUGCAGCUGUGCCUGAAGCAGCUGCCCAUCGGGGUGGCGGCCGAGCCCCCCGAGUCGGCGGCCCUGCAGUUCACGGUGCAGGAGAUCGGGCAGCUGGUGCCCCUCCUGCCCAACCCCUGCGUGCCCAUCAGCAGCACCAGGUGGCAAACGCAGGACUAUGAAGGAAACACAAUUCUGCUCAAGGUUCAAAGCAGCUCCAGGACCCUCGAGACAAACAUCGGGCUUUCCCAGCAGCAUGGUAACACAGGCAGUGGAAGAAUCCCGCAGGACAGUGUGCCGGCCCCUCUCGCUGUAAAACAGGGCGAUCCUGGGCGGAGGAGCCGGGAGGUCACAGCUCCGCAGGGUAAAACCGAAUGUGCCCCAGGUGAGGCAUGCCUGGGCUCCGAGCGGGCGGGCAGUGCCCUCCAGAGGCCCCUGCGCUCUGCCCCCGGCGUGGCCGCCCCGCAGCAGGGCUGGGCAGCGCUGUGGCUGCGCGGGCGGGCGGGCCGGGCGCCGCGGGGAACCGAGACCGACGUGGACACCGGGCUGGCCGUGCCGAGCCCUGAGAGCGGCCGCUGCCCGCUGAGCCUGUUCCCCGGGGCCCUGCGGAGCAGCCUCCGGCCGCUGACAGACCCGGGAGCCGGCACCGGCAAUGCCCUGCCCGGCCCGGCGCUGCGAGCCCCGGCCCGGAGCGACGGCACCGCGCACGGAGCCCCGGGCUGCAGGGACAGAGCCCCGCACGGAGCCCCGGCCCGGCCGGACAGAGCCCCGCACGGAGCCCCGGCCCGGCCGGACAGAGCCCCGCACGGAGCCCCGGCCCGGCCAGACGGAGCCCCGGGCUGCAAGGACAGAGCCGCGCACGGAGCCCCGGGCUGCCCCCCGCCAGCACCGGCACCGCCAGCAGCGGACGAGGAGCAGGAAUUCUAUAUAUGA